AUGGACGGCCUGAAACAGAAGAACCUUCACCACUGUGUCAACCUGGUGCUUCUGUCUGACCACGGUGAGCAGUGUUGCCACAACACACAGUCAGAUCAUACUGUACACAGACAGUACUGUAGUAGUCUGUGGUCUCUGCGAUCAACAGUAGAAUCAGCAUCCUUAAUUUAUACACAGCAUUCAGAUGAAACUGUAGGACGGGAAAGUUAAUUGACUUAUUCCUUGUGGAGCAAAGGGCCUCGGGAAGGAAAAGUACAGUAAAGGAGAGAAUGUUUCUCAGAGAUGAGCACUAGAAAACAAUGUGGAAGCAAGGGAGGCGGAGGAAAUGGACCCAUUUAAUGUUCGUUCGACAGAUGAGAAAGAGUGUUGAAGUACUUCAUUUUAUGGCUCUGCUGUAAAUGUUAAGUGAUGCAAUUGUGAGCAUCUGCUACUACUCAAAAUGAAAGAGGUCUAGGGGAAAAAAGGGAAGAAAAGAUGAAGUAAAGAUUUUCCUCCAUCCCUUAAUAGUAGUGAAUCAUAAAAACAAUGAGCUCAUAUCGCGAGUCAGUAUCUGCCAGGAGAAAGAUGGCAAACAUCCCUUAGCUAUUAUACACUGCUCAAAAAAAUAAAGGGAACACUUAAACAACACAAUGUAACUCCAAGUCAAUCACACUUCUGUGAAAUCAAACUGUCCACUUUGGAAGCAACACUGAUUGACAAUACAUUUCACAUGCUGUUGUGCAAAUGGAAUAGACAACAGGUGGAAAUUAUAGGCAAUUAGCAAGACACCCCCAAUAAAGGACUGGUUUUGCAAGUGGUGACCACAGACCACUUCUCAGUUCCUAUGCUUCCUGGCUGAUGUUUUGGUCACUUUUGAAUGCUGGCGGUGCUUUCACUCUAGUGGUAGCAUGAGAUGGAGUCUACAACCCACACAAGUGGCUCAGGUAGUGCAGCUCAUCCAGGAUGGCACAUCAAUGCGAGCUGUGGUAAGAAGGUUUGCUGUGUCUGUCAGUGUAGUGUCCAGAGCAUGGAGGCGCUACCAGGAGACAGGCCAUUACAUCAGGAGACGUGUAGGAGGCUGUAGGAGGGCAAUAACCCAGCAGCAGGACUGCUACCUCCACCUUUGUGCAAGGAGGAGCAGGAGGAGCACUGCCAGAGCCCUGCAAAAUGACCUCCAGCUGGCCACAAAUGUGCAUGUGUCUGCUCAAACGGUCAGAAACAGACUCCAUGAGGGCCCGACGUCCACAGGUAGGGGUUGUGCUUACAGCCCAACACCGUGCAGGGUGUUUGGCAUUUGCCAGAGAACACCAAGAUUGGCAAAUUCGCCAAUGGCGCCCUGUGUUCUUCACAGAUGAAAGCAGGUUAACACUGAGCACAUGUGACAGACGUGACAGAGUCUGGAGACGCCGUGGAGAACAUUCUGCUGCCUGCAACAUCCUCCAGCAUGACCGGUUUGGCGGUGGGUCAGUCAUGGUGUGGGGUGGCAUUUCUUUGGGGGGCCGCACAGCCCUCCAUGUGCUCGCCAGAGGUAGCCUGACUGCCAUUAGGUAUCGAGAUGAGAUCCUCAGACCCCUUGUGAGACCAUAUGCUGGUGCGGUUGGCCCUGGGUUCCUCCUAAUGCAAGACAAUGCUAGACCUCAUGUGGCUGGAGUGUGUCAGCAGUUCCUGCAAGAGGAAGGCAUUGAUGCUAUGGACUGGCCCGCCCGUUCCCCAGACCUGAAUCCAAUUGAGCACAUCUGGGACAUCAUGUCUCGCUCCAUCCACCAACGCCACGUUGCACCACAGACUGUCCAGGAGUUGGCGGAUGCUUUAGUCCAGGUCUGGGAGGAGAUCCCUCAGGAGACCAUCCGCCACCUCAUCAGGAGCAUGCCCAGGUGUUGUAGGGAGGUCAUACAGGCACAUGGAGGCCACACACACUACUGAGCCUCAUUUUGACUUGUUUUAAGGACAUUACAUCAAAGUUGGAUCAGCCUGUAGUGUGGUUUUCCACUUUAAUUUUGAGGGUGACUCCAAAUCCAGACCUCCAUGGGUUGAUACAUUUGAUUUCCAUUGAUAAUUUUUGUGUGAUUUUGUUGUCAGCACAUUCAACUAUGUAAAGAAAAAAGUAUUUAAUAAGAUUAUUUCAUUCAUUCAGAUCUAGGAUGUGUUAUUUUAGUGUUCCCUUUAUUUUUUUGUAUAAUGGCUACAAAACUGUCCUUAUAAUCUAGAAAUCUACUAUCAAACUUGCUUAUAUUGAGUUAUUUCAUUUACACGCAACAGCUUUUAUUGUACGAGUAGCACAAAUGACAAAUAGCACUCAGCAUCAUAGCCAAUAUUUGCAUAUUACCACAAGACCCACAAUAUUUUUUGUAGAACUCUUCCAUAUUACCAUAUUGUCCUCUAAGCUAUAGCCUCUGCUCUAGGGCCCUCCAUUGUGGGGGCGUUUGGAUGUUUACUGUCAGCCAUACAUACUCAGCCUUUGCUGAGACCUAGCACCUGUUGCGGGGAAAUCACAUGCCAGAGCAGAAACUGUUGGAAAAACAAGGUCAGUGUGAACGCUGAAACACAAUGACUGUGAGCUGAGCGUGAGGGAGCCAGGGAGGUUCACAGAGGAGAGGUCUGUGAAGAAGAUGCUCGCAACAUCUGUAUAGCAUGUGACGUGUCUUCUAAUUAUGCAUGUAAAGGAUUAGGGAAAUUUAAACGAAUGCGGUGACGCAGGCCGUUGGCUGCUCAACUGGCCUUGUAAUAAGCUCCACGUUGCAGGGUUGUAAUUUUGAUGUUGGGUUUGUUGGUUCGUUGGUGAUAUACAGUGUAUGGGAAUAUCCUUUUAUUUAGGCUUUAUCACAGAUGCAUUGAUCUUUGGUUUAUUUUUAGUCAUGAAAAGGUUAUCGGUUGUUGUUUUCACAUCUGCUUUUGAAAUUGAUUGAUUAUGAAAGUAAGGAUGGAAUCAUGUGUUAACAAUUUCAAGUAAAUAGUAUGCUGACAUACUGUACACUACCAGUCAAAAGUUUGGACACACCUACUCAUUCAAGGGUUUUUCUUUCUUUCUUUUUACAAUUUUUUACAUUGUAGUAUAAUAGUGAAGACAUCAAAACUAUGCAAUAACACAUAUGGAAUCAUAUAGUAACCAAAAAAGUGUUAAACAAAUCCAAAUAUAUUUUAUAUUAGAGAUUCUUCAAAUAGCCACCCUUUGCCUUGAUGACAGCUUUGCAUACUCUUGGCAUUCUCUCAACCAGCUUCAUGAGGUAGUCACCUGGACUGCAUUUCAAUCUUAAAAGUUAAUUCGUGGAAUUUAUUUUCUUCUUAAUGCGUUUGAGCCAAUCAGUUGUGUUGUGUUGUGACAAGGUAGGGGGGGUAUACAGAAGAUAACCCUAUUUGGUAAAAUAUCAAGUCCAUAUUAUGGCAAGAACAGCUCAAAUAAGCAAAGAGAAACGACAGUCCAUCAUUACUUUAAGACAUGAAGGUCAGUCAAUAUGGAACAUUUCAAGAACUUUGAAAGUUUCUUCAAGUGCAGUCGCAAAAACCAUCAAGCGCUAUGAUGAAACUGGCUCUCAUGAGGACCGCCACAGGAAUGGAAGACCCAGAAUUACCUCUGCUGCAGAGGAUAAGUUCAUUAGUUACCAGCCUCAGAUUGUAGCCCAGAUAAAUGCUUCACGGAGUUCAAGUAACAGACACAUCUCAACAUCAACUGUUCAGAGGGGACUGUGUGAAUCAGGCCUUCAUGGUCGAAUUGCUGCAAAGAAACCACUACUAAAGGACACCAAUAAGAAGAGACCUGCUUGGGCCAAGAAACACGAGCAAUGACAUUAGACUGGUGGAAAUGUGUCCUUUGGUCUGUAGUCCAAAUUGGAGAUUUUUGGUUCCAACCGCCGUGUCUUUGUGAGACGCGGUGUGGGUGAACGGAUGAUCUCCGCAUGUGUAGUUCCCACCGUAAAUGACGGAGGAGGAGCUUUGCUGGUGACACUGUCUGUGAUGUAUUUAGAAUUCAAGGCACACUUAACCAGCAUGGCUACCACAGCAUUCUGCAGCAAUAUGCCAUUCCAUCUUGUUUGGGCUUAGUUGGACUAUAAUUUGUUUUUCAACAGGACAAUUACCCAACACACCUCCAGGCUGUGUAAGGGCUAUUUUACCAAGAAGGAGAGUGAUGGAGUGCUGCAUCAGUUGACCUGGCCUCCACAAUCCCCCUUCCUCAACCCUAAUUAAUUUUCUCCUACACAAUUAAUUUUCUCCUUUCCCCCUUCUGAUAACCAGGUGGCAAAUCGCAUCUCUGCAUGUCUGGCAGACAUAUCAGUGUGGAUGUCGGAUCAACACCUCAAACUGAACCUCGGCAAGACGGAGCUGCUCUUCCUCCUGGGGAAGGACUGCCCGCUCCAUGAUCUCGCCAUCACGGUUGACAACUCCAUUGUGUCCUCCUCCCAGAGUGCAAAGAACCUUGGCGUGACCCUGGACAACACCCUGUCAUUCUCCGCUAACAUCAAAGCGGUGACCCGAUCCUGCAGGUUCAUGCUCUACAACAUUCGCAGAGUACGACCCUACCUUACACAGGAAGCGGCACAGGUCCUAAUCCAGGCACUUGUCAUCUCCCAUCUGGAUUACUGCAACUCGCUGUUGGCUGGGCUCCCUGCCUGUGCCAUUAAACCCCUUCAACUUAUCCAGAACGCUGCAGCCCGUCUGGUGUUCAACCUUCCCAAGUUCUCUCAUGUCACCCCGCUCCUCCGCACACUCCACUGGCUUCCAGUUUAGGCUCGCAUCUACUACAAGACCAUGGUGCUUGCCUACAGAGCUGUGAGGGGAACGGCACCUCCUUACCUUCAGGCUCUGAUCAGACCCUACAACCAAACGUGGGCACUACGUUCAUCCACCUCUGGCCUGCUAGCUCCCCUGCUAGCUCCCCUACCUCUACGGAAGCACAGUUCCCGCUCAGCCCAGUCAAAGCUAUUCGCUGCUCUGGCACCCCAAUGAUGGAACAAGAUCCCCCACGACGCCAGGACAGUGGAGUCACUGACCAUCUUCCGGAGACACUUGAAACCCUACCUCUUUAAGGAAUACCUGGAAUAGUAUAACAGUAAUCCUUCUUCCCCCACCCCCCAUUAAAAAAAGGUUGUUGUCCCACUGGCUAUCAUAAGUUGAACACACCAAUUUGUAAGUCGCUCUGGAUAAGACCGUCUGCUAAAUUAUGUAAAUGUUUGGGAUGAGUCGGACGGCAUAAUGAAGGAAAAGCAGCCAUCAAGUGCUCAGCAUAUGUGGGAACUCCUUCAAGACUGUUGGAAAAGCAUUCCAGGUGAAGCUGGUUGAGAGAAUGCCAAGCGUGUGCAAAGCUGUCAUCAAGGCAAAGGGUGGCUAUUUGAAGAAUCUCAAAUAUUAAAUAUAUUUUGAUUUGUUUAACACUUUUGUUUACUACAUGAUUCCAUAUGUGUUAUUUCAUAGUUUUGAUGUCUUCACUAUUAUUCUACAAUGUAGAAAAUAGUAAAAAUAAAGAAAAACCCUUGAAUGAGUAGAUGGGUCCAAACUUUUGACUGGUACUGUAUAUGAACUUACUCUGUUGCAGCUCUAUUUCUCUCUCUGAAGUCUGGUACAGAUAAGACCGCGUAAUUAUGGUGCUGUUUGAAGUCCUAUACUGUCGUUUCUUAUCCUCCAUUUCUCUCUGCUUGCUUCUCUUAUUGCUCCGACUGCCCAGUUGCCAGGAACAACAAUACAAUCAACGGCGACUGUUUCUUUAAUGUUGACCUGUGUGUUUGUUUGUGUGUGUGUGUGUGUGUGUGUGUGUGUGUGUGUGUGCAUGUACUGUAAUUGCAGGAAUGGAGGAAGCAUCCUGCAAAAAGGCUGCAUUCGUGAACUCGUAUCAGGACAACGUUGACGACUUCACUGUUGUCCAAGGCCCUGCUGCACGCAUCCGACCCAAGAAAGUCCCUGAAGACUUCUACUCCUGUGAGUUUCUGUUGAUGAUAACGUGUCACUUCCAACUGUCUUCCUCCCUCUUCCUGCCGUUACAUUGCAAAGUCAUCCAGUGUUCCAGCUGGUCCCAAUUUGCUCAUUUCCCCUUGGCCCUUACCCUUUAAAAAUAUAUAACAAUAUGGCACUGAUAGACAUGGUCGAACUGUUUAUGGCUCCUAAGCAACUUUGCAGUACAUAUUGUUUUUUGUGUUAUUUCUCACCUUAUUAGUGCCCCCCCCCCCCAAGGCAAUUCCACUUAUCCCAGAGACCACAGCCGGCAGAGACGAGGUAUUCGGAGUGGACUCUUAGUUCGACUCAGGAGACAUGCAUACCACCCACCGCUUCCGAGUAUAUUACGCGCUAAUGUUCAGUCCCUGGACAAUAAAGUAGAUGAGCUCAGGUUGAGGAUCUCCUUCCAGAGAGACAUCAGGGUUUGUAACAUACUCUGUUUCACGGAAUCAUGGCCCUCUCCGGAUAUACUGUCCCCGUCCAUACAGCCAGCUUUGUUCUCAAUACAUCGCGCAGACAGGAAUAAAGAACUCUCCGGGAAAAAGAAAGGCGGAGAUAUAUGUUUCAUGAUUAACUACUCAUGGUGUGAUUGUGGUAAUGUACAGGAACUCAAGUAUUUUUGUUCACCUGUCCUAGAAUACCUCACAAUCAAAUGCCGACCUCAUUACUUCCUGAGGGAAUUCUCCUCGGUCAUCGUCACAGCCGUGUAUAUUCCCCCUCAAGCUGAUACCACGACAACUCUCAAGGACCUACACUGGACUUUGUGCAAACUGGAAACUGCAUAUCCUGAGGCCACAUUUAUUGUAGCUGGGGACUUUAAUAAAGCAAAACCUGAGGAAAAUGCUACCGAAGUUUUAUCAACACAUCGCCUUCAAAAACUCUAGACCAUUGCUACUCUUCCCCGCCCUCCCUUCAGCAAAUCAGAUCACGUCUCAAUCCUGCUCUUCCCUUCCUAUAGGCAGAAACUCGAACAGGAAGUACCCGUGUUAAGGACUUUUCAACGCUGGUCUGACCAAUUUGGAAUCCAUGCUUCAUGAUUGUUUUGAUCACGUGGACUGGUAUAUGUUCCGGGUUGCCUCUGAGAACAUAAUUGACGUAUAUACUGACACGGUGACUGAGUUCAUCAGGAGGUGUAUGGGGGAUGUUGUUCCCACUGUGAUGAUUAAAACCUAUCCAAACCAAAAACCGUGGAUAGAUGGUAGCAUUCGCGCAAAACUGAAAGCGCGAACCAUUGCCUUUAACCACGGCAAGGUGACUGGGAAUAUGGUAGAGUACAAACAGUCCAGGUAUGCCCUCUGUAAGGCAAUCAAAUAGGCAAAACGUCAGUAUAGAGACAAAGUCGCAAUUCAACGUCUCAGACACAAGACGUAUGUGGCAGGGACUCCAGACAAUCACUGAUUAUAAAGGGAUAACCAGCCACGUCGGGGACACCGACGUCUUAAUCCCGGACAAGCUAAACACCUUCUUCGCCCGUUUCGAGGAAACACAGUGCCGCCGAUGCAGGCCACCACCGCUCCCGUGGACUGUGAGCUCUCGUUCUCUGUGGCCGACGUGAGUAAGACAGUUAAGCGUGUUAACCCUCGCAAGGCUGCCGGCCCAGAAGGCAUCCCUAUUAGGGUUGGGCGGUAUCCAGAUUGUCAUACCAUCCUUCUCUCACCCCGGGAUAUACGAUAUUGCCGGUUUAGUACACAAGGGGGUGCCAAAGAAAGCAAAAAAGUCCAUUGGGCGUCUAUUACCUAAAUGCUAACAAAAUUAGGCAAAGUAAUAGCGAAUUUCUAUGGAGGCUGCUAGCUAAAUAUACUAACAAGUGCAAACAAAGAUAAACUAAUUGCAAAGACAAGCAAUCCAGCUCAUAAAGUUAUACAUAUAUAUAGGUAGGAGCUACCGAAAGUUAUUUUUGGUGAGUUUGGACAUUUAUCUGUGAAUGUGAAGAAGAGACAUUGUGCAAAUGAACAAAGUUUUGGCACAUACAGUACCGGCUGUCUGGCAGCAUGUCUACACGCUGUGUUUGUGUGAAGUCUGCUAGGGCAGUGGGCCCGCCUGCUCUGCUCUGAGAAGAGUUGGGAGGAGCAGAUGGGCUGAGAACGGAGAGGAGAAAACAUGCAAGGAAAUCAAGAUGACAGUGGCAGCUGUACAAAUAACUCAUCCAAAGGGCUUUGCCUUCUCAAAUACUGCAGAAAGCUAAACAAUAUCAUGCCCCGUCACCUUAUUAAAGCAGCCACUUACUUAGAUAGCAAGUUAAACUAGGGGUCGCGUAACGCAUAAUUCUGCGUUUUUCAUGCAGGGGAAAAAAUAUCAAAUGCAUAAGAAAUAUCUUGCUGCAUUUUGUAAACACCGAUCUAAAAUGCUUCUUAUUGUAAUUUCUGCUCAGCAUCAGACUUUGUGCUUCAGUUGCACUUUAAACUCAGAUGAGAAUUCACAAACAGGCAUUCUAUCAGCAGACUGUGCUCUGACUGAUGUGGAGCUACUUUUCUCCGGUACUUUCUCGGUGUAGCCAGACAAUUUUUAUCCGGUAAAAUGCAAGAUUUACUUUAUCAUAGAAAUAAUGUAGCCAGCUACAUUUCCUAAUGUUUUGCUUAAACAUUAGAAAUAUGAUGGCCAUGCAUAGUUUUUUGCUUUUUCAUUGUAAGCUCAUUUACUUCUGUGGCUGCCAGCCAAAUAGCGUUGCACUUCUGUUGUUAUCUGAUGAAAAUGAAGCUACUUAAUGCCGAAUGUGUUACACUAAUGUAUUUUCUGUGAAGGAAAACUAUAGUUGCACGUCCCUGAUAUCUGUAUUAAAGCAAUAAAACACUUGACUUUCAAUAUAAAACGCGACCCCUGUCAAUACACAGCUGGACUCACCUGCUCCCGCUUUCGCCUGUUGUGCUAUUUACAAACAAACACGUGACUGGCUCAAUUGUGCUGGGGAACUAAGUACGCUUCAUAAUGUGACGGGUAAAAUAUGAACGUGAUCUACUUUAUCUCCUAACGCAUUGCACAAGUUGACUGCAGGUAUUUACUUAAAAAAUUGCUACAAAUAUUAAAAUGUAUUGAAAAACUUCAAAGAAAUAGUUGUAACGGUAUUGGAAAAACUGUUGUCCCCACUUGCUUCAAGAUGUCCACCAUUGUUCCUGUACCCGAGAAAGAGAAGUUAACUGAACUAAAUUACUAUUGCCCCGUAGCACUCACUUCUGUCAUGAAGUGCUUUGAGAGGCUAGUUAAGGAUCAUAUCACCUCCACCAUACCCAACACCCUAGACCCACUGCAAUUUGAAUACCGCCCCAAUAGAUCCAUGGACAACUCCAUCGCUCUGCACACUGCCCUCUCCCAUCUGGACAAGAGGAAUACCUAUGUAAGAAUGCUGUUCAUUGACUACAGCUCAGAGUACCCUCCAAGCUCAUCAUUAAGCUUGGGACCCUGGGUCUGAACCCUGCCCUGUGCAACUGGGUCCUGGACUUCCUGACGGGCCAACCCCAGGUGGUGAAGGUAGGAAACAACACCUCCACUACGCUGAUCCUCGACACAGGGACCCCACAAGGGUGCAUACUCAGCCCCCUCCUGUACUCCCUGUUCACCCAUGACUGCGUGGCCACGCACGUCUGCAACUCAAUCAUGAAGUUUGCAGGCGACACUACUGUGGUAGGCCUGAUUACCAAUAACAAUGAGACAGCCUACAGGGUGGAGGUGAGGGCCCUGAUUGAGUGGUGCCAGGAAAAUAACUUAUCCCUCAACGUUCGUGGACUUCAGAAGAGGGAGCAUGCCCCCAUCCACAUCAACGGGGCCGCAGUGGAGAAGGUUAAAAGCUUCAGGUUCCUCGGCGUACACAUCACUGACAAUCUGAAAUGGUCCACCCACACAGACAGUGUGGUGAAGGCGCAACAGUGCCUCUUCAUCCUCAGGAGGCUAAAGAAAUUUGGCUUGGCCCAUAAGACCCUCACAAACUUGUACAGAUGCACCAUUGAGAGCAUCCUGUUGGGCUGUAUCACUGCCUGGUACGGCAAUUGCACCGUCCGCAACCGCAGGGCUCUCCAGAGGGUGGUGCGGUCUGCCCAACGCAUCGCCAGGGGCACACUGCCUGCCCUCUAGGACAUCUACAGCACCCGGUGUCACUGGAAGGUCAAGAAGAUCAACAAGGACCUCAGCCACCCGAUCCAUGAGCUGUUCAUCCCGCUACCAUCCAGAAGGCGAGGUCAGUAAAGGUGCAUCAAAGCUGGGACCGAGAGACUGAAAAAUAGCUUCUAUCUCAAGGCCAUCAGACUGAUAAAUAGUCACCACACCCGCAAUAACAUCUGCUAAAUAUGUGUAUGCGACCAAUAAAAUUUGAUUUGAUGUUUGCAAAUAUGUAAGGUGUAAGCAAUAAUUAUGGUAGAAGCUUCGCCACUACACUGCGUUUACUGUACCUAUGCAGACCUUCCAGAUCUGCAAACAUAAGAACGUUGUGGCCAAGGGGGAAGGCGUAAAGAGUGAUUUGGGAUGGGUAUUGACCGUUGGGUUAACAACCGUGUCUGUUUUCAUUCCCCCAGUCGACUAUGAAGGCCUGGUGAAGAAUCUAUCGGUAUGUGAAGUAUUUGAUUUCUGUGUUCAUAAGAUGAAUUGAAAAUGACCUCAUGUCAGACAGGCCCCUCCCUCUGCUGCUUCAUUGACUCUCCCCUCUCCUCUUGCUGUUCAUUUUGAAGUGCAGGAUCCCUGACCAGCCCAUGAGGCCCUACCUGAAAGAGCACCUCCCCAAACGGAUGCACUUCGCUAACAAUGUGCGCAUCGAGAGGGCCCAUCUCUACAUGAAGCCUGGUUGGCAGGCUGCACUGUAUGUCACAACCCAGCUAUAUAUUUUUUUUAUUAUAUCAUACUCUAUAUGAAACAUAUUACAUAUUAGUGUAAUGUUUUCUUUAACAGAACAUUUAGAGUGAUCACAGAACCUUAGCUGCACUUUUAGCUUUACUCUGGCAUUAAGCCAAAGUAACUGUUGUGGAAUAACCUAAGUAAAUAAGUACCCUUUCAAAUAUCUAUAAGUUACUUGAGUUGGCCUACUCAUCACGGCUCACUCCAUUUCUAGUCAUGAGUUCCAAGCAAAAUGUUAUCAGCACUGGUUAGACCUACUUGUGUCCUUCACUUUAAACGUUGUCCCUACAUGCACUUUGAAAGUACAGGUACUUGCAAAAUGUCAUCCCACUUUAUAUUUCACUCUUGUUAGGUUCAACUGUCUGUUGCAAAGAGACAAUAGUCGACAAGACGACUUCUAAACAAUGUCACUAGCCCUAAUUUGACCCCUGACAUUUUCAACAGCUGCCACAAAUUGUAAGUGAUUGCUUAUUAACAUACCAUAAAUUAGAUGUGGGCAAAGUGGUUGCCAUGGACACCUCUGAUUUUGUUUUUUUGCCAACGUUUGGUCCGUUUUUAGGGAUGUCUGAAAUGGGAACUGAAAGCUGUUCCCUGUUGAUCUGGUUGCCACAGCUGAGGAUGUGAGCGGCCAUUUUAGUUUGGUUGGUUUAUACAGCUGUCCAAUUGAUAAUCCCUCAAUUUGAGUGUUGUAUACACACUGUAUGGCAGAUGUACACUGAGUGGACAGAACACCUGCUCUUACCAUGACAGACUAUCCAGGUGAAUCCAGGUGAAAGCUAUGAUCCCUUAUUGAUGUCACUUGUUAAAUCCACUUCAAUCAGUGUAGAUGAAGGGGAGGAGACAGGUUAAAGAAGAAUUGUUAAGCCUUGAGACACUUGAGACAUGGAUUGUGUAUGUGUGCCAUUCAGAGGGUGAACGGGCAAGACAACAUAUUUAUGUGCCUUUGAACGGGGUAUUGUAGUAGGUGCCAGGCCCACCGAUUUGAGUGUGUCAAGAACUGCAGCGCUGCUGGGUUUUUCACGCUCAACAGUUUCCCGUGUAUAUCAAGAAUGGUCCACCACCCAAAGGACAUCCAGCCAACUUGACACAACUGUGGGAAGCAUUGGAGUCAACAUGGGCCAGCAUCCCUGUGGAAUGCUUUCGACACCUUGUAGAGAGCAUGCCCCGAUGAAUUGAGGCUGUGUGAUGUCCUUUCUAUGGAUGGAAUAAUGGUUUUUCAUCUCUUCCUCCACAGCCAGCCUAAGGAAAUCAAGUACUGCAGUGGUGGAUUCCACGGCUCGGAUAACGUCUUCAAAAACAUGCAGGUCAGGGGAGGGGGAGAGGGAUGUAUGUACGUCAGCUGAUACAGUGUGACAUUACAGCAGUGAAUUGAACAUUCUGCAUUUUUCUUUUUGCCUUAGUAUACACACCUGGUUUAAAUCAUCAAAGCUUGCUGAUUAGUUACUCAUUUGAAUCAGCUGUGUAGUGCUAUGGCAAAAACAGAAAUCUGCACCCCAGGACCAGGGUUAAGAAACACUGCAUUACAGUAUGGAUACUUAGCUAUGUACACACCCAGGGAAACCCAUCAUAACAUACUGUCUCUAACUAUAAAAUAGCUAUGCUACUAAGCUGAAGUUACAUUCAACUUUAAGGAAGCACAUGGAGCUUAGCUACACAACACGAUCCACUCUGUUUUUUUUUGGACGUGACAAGUUUCUAUGAUGAAAGUACUACAGAGGUAGCCUAGCCUGGUCCCAGAUAUGUUUGUGCUGUCUUGUCAACUCCUAUGGUCAUUGUCCUGCCAAAUGUCCCAAACAGAUCUGGGACCAGGCUACUACAGAGGAGCCUCAUUUGGUUGAAUAAUGUCAGACAUACUUUAGGUUAAAUCAAGCUAUUGUGGCUGAACCCAGAGGGAACAUAGAAGCUUUAUGAAGAGAUCAGACCAUCUAGUCUGGCUCCCCCCAGACUGAGCCUUAGCAAGUCUCUCCCAAAGUAAACCUGCUGAAAGACCAGCAGGUUUAGGCCUGUACCAGGCCUGUACCAGUUCACUGUCCUUCCAUUCGGGUUGUGUUAUUUCCCCAUGUUUCGAUUUCUCCUUCUACUAGCAAGUCUCUCCCAAAAUAAGCCCAAUUAAAUACCAUCACCUAUAACAGUACAAUGUCCUCCCAUUCGGGUUGUGUUGUUGUGCCAUGGACAUUUUUACUAUGUUUAAUAGGUUUUACUCUAUUUUACCCUAGUUUUUUUGAUUGGUCUGUGUAUGUUUCCGGCCUUACAAAAUCUUUCCCAAAAUAAGCCAAUACCAUCACGUUUAAUAGUAUGCUUUGUUCCCUUUUGGGUUGUGUUGUUCUUCCAUGGCUAUGUUUACUAGAUUUCUCCCUGGCAUCUCUGUGUUAGUCUAUAUGUUUAUGAUAGGUCUGUGUAUCUGUCCGGACGUGGUCACGCCUGGAAUGUGUUGUCUGUAUAAUUAUCCCUGCGACUUUACGCACUCCUCUUAAAAAACAGGUGAAUUAGUCAAAUGAAAGUCUGUGCUAAAAAUAUAUAUUCUCUGGGUCUGGCUGCAGACCCAAAAAUAGUUCAAAGCAGACAUAGACAUGGCUAGCAAUUAUUUUACUUAGUAGACGCCCACGUGUAGGUUCAUCUUAUGAUUAUUUAAGUUGGUUGGUUGCUUUUCAACCCACCUUUUGGAAGGUAAUUCAAGUACUUAGCUAUUCAUCAUAUUCUGAUGUUUACAGAAGGGCUAUUUGUGGGUUUGACUCCUUCGUAUGUGGAGGGAAAUUCUAACUAAAUGGGGACUUUGAGCAGUUCUGGAAUGAUUCCUACUGACAUUUUGGUGUACAAAGUGCUCUGUGAACGCCAUAGGGUCCUGUGCCUUACAGUUGAAGUUGGAAGUUUACAUACACCUUAGCCAAAUACAUUUUUCACAAUUCUUGACAUUUAAUCCUAGUAAAAAUUCCUAGUCUUAGGUCAGUUAGGAUCACCACUUUAUUUUAAGAAUGUGAAAUGUCAGAAUAAUAGUAGAGAGAGAUUUAUUUAAGCGUUAUUUCACAUUCCCAGUGGGUCAGAAGUUGACAUACACUCAAUUAGUAUUUGGUACCAUUGCCUUUAAAUUGUUUAACUUGGGUCAAACGUUUCGAGUAGCCUUCCACAAGCUUCCCACAAUAAGUUGGGUGAAUUUUGGCCCAUUCCUCCUGACAGAGCUGGUGUAACUGAGUCAGGUUUGUAGGCCUCCUUGCUCGCACACGCUUUUUCAGUUCUGCCCACACAUUUUCUAUAGGAUUGAGGUCAGGGCUUUGUGAUGGCCUCUCCAAUACCUUGACUUUGUUGUCCUUAAGCCAAUUUGCCACAACUUUGGAAGUAUGCUUGGGGUCCUUGUCCAUUUGGAAGACCCAUUUGCGACCAAGCUUUAACCUCCUGACUGAUGUCUUGAGAUGUUGCUUCAAUAUAUCCACGUAAUUGUCCUUCCUCAUGAUGCCAUCUAUUAAGUGCACCAGUACCUCCUGCAGCAGAGCACCCCCACAGCAUGAUGCUGCCACCCCCGUGCUUCACGGUUGGGAUGGUGUUCUUCGGCUUGCCAAGCUUCCCCCUUUUUCCUCCAAACAUAACGAUGGUCAUUAUGGCCAAACAGUUCUAUUUUUGUUUCAUCAGACCAGAGGACAUUUCUCCAAAAAGUACAAUCUUUGUCCCCAUGUGCAGUUGCAAACCGUAGUCUGGCUUUUUUAUGGCGGUUUUGGAGCAGUGGCUUCUUCCUUGAUGAGCGGCCUUUCAGGUUAUGUCGAUUAUAGGACUCGUUUUACUGUGGAUAUCGAUACUUUUGUACCUGUUUCCUCCAGCAUCUUCACAAAGUCAUUUGCUGUUGUUCUAGGAUUGAUUUGCACUUUUCGCACCAAAGUACGUUCAUCUCUAGGAGACAGAACGCGUCUCCUUCCUGAGCUGUAUGACGGCUGCGUGGUCCCAUGGUGUUUAUACUUGCGUACUAUUGUUUGUACAGAUGAACGUGGUACCUUCAGGUGUUUGGAAAUUGCUCCCAAGGAUGAUCCAGACUUAUGGAGGUCUACAAUUGUUUUGCUGAGGUCUUGGCUGAUUUCUUUUGAUUUUCCCAUGAUGUCAAGCAAAGAGGCACCGAGUUUGAAGGUAGGCCUUGAAAUACAUCCACAGGUACACCUCCAAUUGACUCAAAUGAUGUCAAUUAGCCUAGUGAAUUCUAAGUGAAAUAAUCUGUCUGUAAACAAUUGUUGGAAAAAUUACUUGUCAUGCAAAAAGUAGAUGUCCUAACCAACUUGCCAAAACUAUAGUUUGUUAACAAGACAUUUGUGGAGUGGUUGAAAAGCGAGGUUUAAUGACUCCAACCUAAGAGUAUGUAAACUUCCGACUUCAACUGUGUAAUGCCAGAAAGCCCCAUCUUUCUGCUCUACCCUUCCACUCUCUCAGCGAAGCUGACCUCAAGUGUCAGGUUUCAGACCCAACAUUUGCAUAGGGAGUGAUGUGUCACAUUAUCUGGCCAACCCGACUAAUAAUCGAUUAUCCUCUGAGUGAGCCCAGCCUGGGAGACGGCAUAUGAACGGUGACAGUCUAGCGAGUCCAGCCGUUGUGGUUUCAUCUUGCUGUCAUAUUCUCCGACUGAUUUAGAGCGCUCAACAUUAAAAAAUACGAAAUCAUUUCAUACAAUUGAAAGAAGACCACUUUGUCAUGGUCACAGACAGACGAAAUCACUUUGUGCAUAAAGCUGAAGUUGUAACGAGUCUGCAGACAUUUGAAUGGUGUCUCUGCGCUGCUCAGUUACAUUAAAUAGUUCCAAUCUUGUACUAAGUAUGAUAAUAUUUAUUUUAAAGUUAUAAGUAAUGUGAAAUCUUAGUUACUCGUUUAUCAUUUGAUUGUUACUAUAUUUAGAAACAAUUUAAGGCAUUUCAAGCCCUAUUGCCCCACUUUUGUUGAAUAAGAAAAAAAAACAUAUGGUUUUUCAUAAUAUUUGGACUAUGUACUUGAUCUUGUGUCCUCAGCAAAUCAAGAAAGGUGAGUUCCAGACCUUUCUAAAACUAUGCAACAUUACCAGUUAUUGUUUAUGGCUGUCUCAUGAAAAAUGAUUUAGGCGUAAAUAAAAAUGUAGCCCGAUCAUUCAAGAGCUUAAAUUGUGGUUCUUUGGUUCAGCUUUUGUUCUCUCCAUAUAUGUUUACUCCACUGUUAUGAAAAGCAUGUGUACAGAAAUUCAUUUGUAUGUAUUUUUCAGACAAUUUUCAUCGGUUAUGGACCAGGGCUGAAAUACAAGACUAACGUUGCACCUUUUGAAAACAUUGAAGUCUACAACCUCCUGUGUGGUAAGCCUGUUAAUCAAUGUUUAACAUGGGGGCAGGGGGCAAUGUCCUGUUGUACAACUAGAAAAGAUUAGCCUGGGUGCCAGUCUGUUUCUGCUGUCUUGCCAACUCCUGAUGGAAUUGGCAAGGAGUGGGACAAUAUCUAAACAUACUGGUAACCAGGCUAAGAGAGGAUUACUUCUCUAAAGUUAAACAAUUCCAGCAGCCAAUCUGGUUUUACACUCAUUAUGAUGUAAUUUCAACCACUUUUAUAGAGAACUGAGUCCACUUCUAUAUUUCUCAACAUUGUGAUAAGUUUCAAAGAGGAUAUACCAGUUCAGCAGGUGCAAGUGCAAAGUCCAUAGUCCCAACACUGCACCUGCCCUUUGCAAGACACACAGCUGUUAUGUACAGGUAGCUAACUAAAUAGUCAGUUAGAGAAAAUACAUUUUCAAGAGUAAUCUCUUUAUUCCUCCCUCUUUCACUCCUUCUCUCUCUGCCUGUCAGAUUUGUUGGACGUUCCCCCUGCUCCUAACAACGGGACCCACGGGAGUCUGAACCACCUCCUGAAGAACCCUCCCCACCUGCCCGUGUACCCCGCUGAGCUCUCCUCUGACUCCAACUGUGAGGCGAGUGGCCCCGCCCCCUCUGAUGGUCUGGGCUGCAGCUGCAGCGGCCACACCAAAGCAGCGGUACGACCAGGGAGUACUGUCAGGGGGGGAUCAAACUCUCACACCCUCCCUAAUGGAGCAGGGCUGGGAUGGGAGGGGUAGACAGAGGGUCUAGCCUGUCAUUAUCCUCACUUUGGAUGAUUGAUAACCCAGCAGCACUCAUUAGAAGGACAGAAGUUGACUAAUUGAAACAAAGGAGAGACCCACUAACGUGCUGAAAAUGCUUGUUUCAGGAGAAGACUAUGAACAGGCAACUUAUCAAGGCUAAUUCCAGUGAGUACACACUGAUGUCUAUUUUUAAUAGCGAAAUCAUGAAUGUAUUUUCUCAUUGAUUUCAUUUUUAAUCAAGCCCUCCCCUCCCUCAGAUUCCGGAGCCAAGGCUCUUCACCUACCAUAUGGAAUCCCUCGAGUUCUCCAGGAGAAUGCAGACUACUGCGUCCUUCACCACGCCGACUACAUCAACGGUUACAGCAAAGAUACUCUCAUGCCCUUAUGGGUUGCCUAUACAAUUAACCCACUGGUGAGCCUUUUUCUGCUUGUGGGAGCGACCGGGGUUCAUACCAGGGUAUGUGGUAGCCAGCUGAGCUAAACCCAAGGCAUUAGCUCCGGGGAGCUAAUGCAAGUCUUCAGAAUCUUAGCAAAUGUUUCUCAUCCAGCGAACGUAGUUCUGAACCACCUCUGAACCAUUACACUCUCUUUUAUGUCUAAAGAUUGAUAGUGUGUCGUGUGGGAGAUGAAUUGGCUGUAUUUGCUGCUCUCUGGUUAGUGCUUCUCUGGUUAGUGUUUUGGCUAGGACAUGAAAGAGGUUGUAAAGCUAUGUAUGAAGCGCUGGUAUGAAGUCCUGAGAGCUGAGCUGCCGCACAGGCCCAGGCCCUGCUAGCUGGCUGUAGAUCUUCUCCACUCGUGCUGGCUUUCACAGCCUCUUGUGUUACUCGUUAUGUGGUGAGAACCUCACCGUAAAUCAGAACUAAGAGAGAUGAGUUUUAUGGAGAGAGGACGUUUUCUCUGUACCGUACAUGUCUCUUUAUAGUAUAUAUUUCUCUAUCCCAGGCUUUCGCAAACAUCCUCCUUUUAUUCCAUUUACUUUCUGUCUAAAAGCUAGUAAAAGGAAGGAAACAACUACAUGAUGUAUGGUUUAUUUUAACUAAGCAGGAAGUAAGCAGAAAAGCACUAUCCUUAUAGACUGAGUAUAUAAAACAUGAAUCCUUAAGUCCAUUGAGUGUGCACUGUCAUCAAGGCAAAGGGUGUCUAUUUGAAGAAUCUCAAAUAUAAAAUAUAUUUUGAUUUGUUUAUAAUUUUUUGGUUACUACAUGAUUCCAUAUGUGUUAUUUCAUAGUUUUGAUGUCUUCACUAUUAUGCUACAAUGUAGAAAAUAGUGAAAAUAAAGAAGAACCCUUGAAUGAGUAGGUGUCAACUUUUGACUCGUACUGUAUAUUUCCGGAAUUUUCUUAUCUCCUAGAUAUAGGACAGACACUUCAAAACCUUAUUCCUUAUGAUUUAUUUUGACUGUAUUAAAUGCGUUUCUAUGGGCUAUAGUAGUAAAGGCCAAAUUCAAUAUUUUAUAAAAUCAUUUUUACAUAUUUUUGUUUUGAUACUUAAAGGGAUCCUAAAAUUACAAAUCAAAUAGCUAAAUGGUCCAUGGUAUGACCAUCUUAAAACAAUUCAAUAUGUUAUCUUAGUACUUUUAAAGGUUUUAAGAACACCUGCUCGCAACUCAAUAUUAGGAAGGUGUUCUUAAUGUUUUGCACACUCAGUGUAUAUGGACUCAAUCACACAGUGACGAAAUAAACCAAGUCCACAGAACUUGUACGUGAUCUCAAGAACUAGAAUCAUUAAGCAGAAAUAGUCGCUCUAACACAACCUCUUUCUAUGUCUCUCUCUCUCUCCCCGUCUCUCCUAUCAGAACAAUGUCCGGCCGCUGAGUCCAGUAGCAGAGGGGUGUGUCCGUACAGACGUCCGUGUGGAACCGCUCUCCAGUCAGAACUGUGUCCGAUACAGGGAUAACCCUGCCCUGUCCUACGGCCUGCUGCAUCCACCCAGUAAGUACAUAAGGACGUUUUCCUAUCACCUUCCCCACACCCUUUGUUAAAUGCCUAUACCACAUUAGUGUACAUGCGUAGCAAGCUGCGCAGCAGCUGCUUAUGCUCAAUCAGGAAUAUCUCAUAAAAUGUUUAAAGACCAGUUGAUCAUUAAAAUGAAUUGACGUUUUUAAAGUGUGUGCAUUUAUUUAAGUUAGAGAUUUAAAGUGAAUGUUUCUAUAUGCAGAUCUGGGUGCCAAUGGAACAGAGGCUGAGUCAUUACUCACCAGCAACAUGGCGCCCAUGUAUCCUGCCUUUAAAGGUGAGCAGGUCAGGCUAGCUGGCAAAGAGACCGAAAAGUCUCCAGUGCUAUGCAACAGCUCAAACACUCAAAAGGGUAUUUGGGAUUUCUUAUGGAGAUGCAGCUUCAGGAAAUAACUUUCCACUAGAAGGGGUUUAGGACCAGCCAUCAGGACACAGUGUGUCUUUGCAUGAUGUAUGUAUAGGCCUACUGGCAGAUGUUUUUCUCACUGGACUAAUGGUUUUGUACUAUAUUUAUAUUUAAGGUUUAUAUUGAAUUGUACACAUUUGCAGCUAAAAGCUGAAUUGUAGCGUACAUAGGCCUACAUAAGUAAAUAAAAUAAAAGAUAUGAGAUGUAGGAUACAAUAUUGCAGCUAAGCAGCAUUAAGCAGUCUUACAAAGUACGGCAUAGGGCCGUUGUAGUAUGUGUCAGUCCGAGUAGGGGGAAGGUUCAGUUUGUGACUGGAUCGGGUAGAUCUGACAUGACCUCUUGUCUGAGGCAGCCAUUUGUUGUAAUCCUGGGAUUUUGUAAGCUUCUGGGCAAAGGAUCUGCAGAAGUGGGUGCAGCGGGACUGCAAGCCCAGGACAUUGCAUGCAGAGUUGUAGGAGGUGUAGGUGGGGCCCUUGAUUAUUUUGGUUGCGUGUCGUUGCACCUUCUCAAGUUGGUUGUGUUGGUAGGCUGUGAGACCUGGGCGUCAUACUGGAGCGGAGCACUAGACGGACAAAGCAGUUGUAAACUGUUAGAAGGUCUUCGGGGGGAAGGUUUAAGGGUCGCAGAAACCAUCAAGCGAUAUGAUGAAACUGGCUCUCAUGAGUACCACCACAGGAAUGGAAGACCCAGAGUUACCUCUGCUGCAGAGGAUAAGUUAGAGUUACCAGCCUCGGAAAUUGCAGCCCAAAUAAAUGCUACACAAAUAAGAGGCAAUAUACCAGUUACAGAAAAGCCUUCAAUAACAAUUCUUCAUUUGUGCCUGAUGAGUGGGAGUUUUUAAAUAGAACAUCCACCUGCAUUUUGUCUGGAGAAGACUAAGUUCAAGAUUACCACCCCUACGUGAACGUUUUAUUUGCUGUAUAGCACAGAUGAACAUGGAGGAGAUGGGGUGACCGGCCUCUGAGAAAUGACGUGCAAUAGGGGAUUUGGGGUAAUUUCUCCUUCCAGCACUCUUGUUCUAUAAUACGUGUUCUUAUCUGUCUACUGGUUUUGCCCACAUAUUGCUUAUUGCAUGGACAAGAGAUAAGGUACAGUGAGGGAAAAAAGUAUUUGAUCCCCUGCUGAUUUUGUACGUUUGCCCACUGACAAAGACAUGAUCAGUCUAUAGUUUUAAUGGUAGGUUUAUUUGAACAGUGAGAGACAGAAUAACAACAACAAAAAUCCUGAAAAACGCAUGUCAAAAAUGUUAUAAAUUGAUUUGCAUUUUAAUGAGGGAAAUAAGUAUUUGACCCCUCUGAAAAACAUGACUUAGUACUUGGUGGCAAAACCCUUGUUGGCAAUCACAGAGUUCAGACGUUUCUUGUAGUUGGCCACCAGGUUUGCACACAUCCUCUUUGCAGAUCUUCUCCAAGUCAUUAAGGUUUCGAGGCUGAUGUUUGGCAACUCUAACCUUCAGCUCCCUCCACAGAUUUUCAGUGGGAUUAAGGUCUGGAGACUGGCUAGGCCACUCCAGGACCUUAAUGUGCUUCUUCUUGAGCAACUCCUUCGUUGCCUUGGCCGUGUGUUUUGGGUCAUUGUCAUGCUGGAAUACCCAUCCACGACCCAUUUUCAAUGCCCUGGCUGAGGGAAGGAGGUUCUCACCCAAGAUUUGACGGUACAUGGCCCCGUCCAUCGUCCCUUUGAUGCGGUGAAGUUGUCCUGUCCCCUUAGCAGAAACCCCCCCAAAGCAUAAUGUUUCCACAUCCAUGUUUGACGGUGGGGAUGGUGUUCUUGGGGUCAUAGGCAGCAUUCCUCCUCCUCCAAACACGGCGAGUUGAGUUGAUGCCAAAGAGCACGAUUUUGGUCUCAUCUGACCACAACACUUUCACCCAGUUCUCCUCUGAAUCAUUCAGAUGUUCAUUGGCAAACUUCAGACGGGCCUGUAUAUGUGCUUUCUAGAGUAGGGGGACCUAGCGGGCGCUGCAGGAUUUCAGUCCUUCACGGAGUAGUGUGUUACGAAUUGUUUUCUUGGAGACUAUAGUCCCAGCUGCCUUGAGAUCAUUGACAAGAUCCUCCCGUGUAGUUCUGGGCUGAUUCCUCACCGUUCUCAUGAUCAUUGCAACUCCACGAGGUGAGAUCUUGCAUGGAGCCCCAGGCCGAGGGAGAUUGACAGUCCUUUUGUGUUUCUUCCAUUUGCGAAUAAUCGCACCAACUGUUGUCACCUUCUCACCAAGCUGCUUGGCGAUGGUCUUGUAGUCCAUGCCAGCCUUUUGUAGGUCUACAACCUUGUCCCUGACAUCCUUGGAGAGCUCUUUGGUCUUGGCUAUGGUGGAGAGUUUGGAAUCUGAUUGAUUGAUUUCUGUGGACAGGUGUCUUUUAUACAGGUAACAAGCUGAGAUUAGGAGCACUCCCUUUAAGAGUAUGUCCCUCAUUAAAAUGCAAAUGAUUUUAUAACAUUUUUGACAUGCGUUUUUCUGGAUUAUUUUGUUGUUAUUCUGUCUCUCACGGUUCAAAUAAACCUAACAUUAAAAUUAUAGACUGAUCAUUUCUUUGUCAGUGGGCAAACGUACAAAAUCAGCAGGGGAUCAAAUACUUUUUUCCCUCACUGUAUAUGACGUUAGAAGAGCUGCAUGUGACAAACAGUGUAUUGUUUACCAGUGGCAGAGCUGCUGAAUACGCUCAAUUCUUUACAGGAAUCCCUACAUGCUGCACAAAUACGGCAGGGGUAGAAGCCAGUCAGCUCGUCCAGUCUUCCGUCAUUUCUUUUCGGGGGACAUGAGUGUCAGCCUGAACAAUAAAGUCCCUGACAUUCCUGGUCCUGUAGUGUGAAAAGUAUUUUGGCAAGCAGGAUCAGCCAUGAGCACGUUCCAAUGUUUCUUAAAUCACUCCCUUGAUGUCAUCACUCAAAUGAGAAUAUGUAGAGGUACAGACACAUGAGUGUUUUUUUUACUUUUAUCCCUUCUGGACUAGGGAUAAAAGUAUCUCAUCUCAGUAUCUCAGGUCUCAUCAAUGGUACGUACUCUACUGAGAGCAUCAUCAAGCCAUUCUUUAGGGUAUGAGUGGACCUCAAACUGUCUACAUUUUCAUAGUCUCAUUUUCAAAGUCUGUUUUACCAGUACAAAUGCGCUUCAGUCUCAGAAGUUGUGUGUACGGUAAUCCCUUCUUCAGAAAUGUGGGAUGCGUACUAGAGGCAUGUAGGAUACCGUUCUUGUCUGUGGGCUUUGUAUACAAAAUAGUGGACAAGAACCCUGAGUCAAGGCGCACAAGGGUAUCAAGGAAGGAUAUCUCACGAUGACUAAUCUCGGCUGUGAACUUGAUAUGUUGAACCAUAGCAUAAAGGUAAGCAAGAAAAUCACCAAACACAUUGAGGGGACCCAUCCAAACAUCAUCAAUAUAUAUUUUCCAUAUAAGUAUAUGUUGGGAGAAAGGGUUAUUGUGCCGAAUGAACUUGUCUUCCAGAUAACCCACAAAUAGACAUGCAGAGUCAGGAGAGAAAAUGGAGCCCAUAGCCGCUCCCUGUUUUUACCCUGCCUCUGACCACAUGCUCUGAUGCUCUUUCAUUGGUUGAAUUACUUGUUUCCUGGUUGUGUUGGUGACAGAAUGAGACUUGGGUGUGAUAACUACAAUAUUAAGAUCAGAGACCCAAGAUGACAUUGUUGUAGGGGUACUAUAAAAGUCCUCUAGGUUAGUAAUGACAAAGUCAAGGAUGGCAUUCUGUCUAGUUGGAAUGUUAACAAGUUGUUGUAAUCCAUUCUCUGAGCAUAGUCCUGAUGCCUAGUCGCCUUACCCCUAUACAUACACUACAUGAACAAAAGUAUGUGGACACCUGCUCGUCGAACAUCUCAUUCCAAAAUCAUGGGCAUUAAUAUGGAGUUGGUCCCCCCUUUGCUGCUAUAACAGCCUCCUCUUGGAAGACUUUCCACUAGAUGUUGGAACAUUUCUAUGGGGACUUGCUUCUAUUCAACCACGAGCAUUAGUGAGGUCGAGUACUGAUGUUGGUCGAUUAGGCCUGGCUCUCAGUCGGCGUUCCAAUUCAUCCCAAAUGUGUUUGAUGGGGUUGAGGUCAGGGCUCUGUGCAGGCCAGUCAAGUUCUUCCACACCGAUCUCAACAAACCAUUUCUCUGUGGUGUUGUCAUGCUGAAACAGGAAAGGGCCUUCCCCAAGCUGUUGCCACAAAGUUGGAAGCACAGAAUCAUCUAGAAUGUCAUUGUAUGCUGUAGCAUUAAGAUCUCCCUUCACUGGAACUAAGGGGCCUAGCCCGAACCAUGAAAAUUUGCCCCAGACCAUUAUUCCUCCUCCACCAAACUUUACAGUUGGCACUAUGCAUUCGUGCAGAUAGCAUCCGCCAAACCCAGAUUCGUCCAUCGGACUGCCAGAUGGUAAAGCGUGAUUAAUCACUCCAGAGAACGCGUUUCCACUGCUCCAGAGUCCAAUGGCGGCGAAUUUUGCACCACUCCAACCAACGCUUGGCAUUGCGCAUGGUGAUCUUAGGCUUGUGUGCGGCUGCUCGGCCAUGGAAACCCAUUUCAUGAAGCUACCGACAAAUAGUUAUUGUGUUGACGUUGCUUCCAGAGGCAGUUUGGAACUCGUUAGUGAGUGUUGCAAUCAAGGACAGACGAUUUUUACGCGCUUCAGCACUUGGCGGCCACGUUCUGUGAGCUUGUGUGGCCUACCACUUCACGGCUGAGUCGUUGUUGCGACUAGACGUUUCCACUUCACAAUAACAGCACUUACAGUUGACCGAGGAAGCUCUAGCAGGGCAGAAAUGUGACGAACUGACUUGUUGGAAAGGUGGCAUCCUAUGACGGUGCCACGUUGAAAGUCACUGAGCUCUUCAGUAAGGCCAUUCUACUGCCAAUGUUUGUCUAUGGAGAUUGCAUGUCUGUGUGCUCGAUUUUAUACACCUGUCAGCAACGAGUGUGGCUGAAAUAGACUAAUCCACAAAUUUGAGUGUCCACAUACCUUUUUAUAUAUAGUGUAUCUACUAUCGAUCCAUUAUCCCUGCACAUUGUAAAUAUGGUACUGGAACUCACCCUGUAUAUAGUUACUUACUUCAUCACCUUCUUAUUGCUUAUUUUUAUAUCUUGUGUGUUUUUGUUCUACCUUGUUAAAUGUAAAUGUUAUUUUUAGUAUUACAUUGUUAUUGAUUACUGCAUUGUUGGGGUUAGAGCUAGCAAGAAAGGCAUUUCACUGUACUUGUGCAUGUGACAUUGAAACUUGAAUUGAUCCAACUUGCCUUGGUAAUUGUUAAGCUCUAAGCCUUAGACACAAACACUCCAAUUCAGGUGGUACCUCUAUGAAUGGGAGCUUGUGAGCAGAAAUGUCCUCUCUUAUUUAUAUAAAGUGCCACACCCCAUCCCAUUUGACCUUUUGUCUUGGUUUGGAGUAGGUGUUGAAACCAUCGAUUUCCCAGAGUUCAGGUGGUGCAUCUGGGUCAAACCAUGUCUCUGACAAAGCAGCAAUUUCAGCCCUCUCUGACAGCAGGAUUGAUUUGAAAUUCAUCCAACUUGUUAACCAGUGACCGUGCAUCGCGUACUAUGACCUUAGGAGUGCUAUUACUUUGUUUCCUCUCCAACUUUGGUGAGCAAGUUAAUUUCCUCCUCACGUUGUGGGUAAUAGUCUUGAUCCAGUGAAUGCGUUUUCUACUACUCUGCUGCCCUCUUCGUCGAGUCAAUGUUUUUUCUGAUGUAUUCCUUGCUGAAUCAGUCUAUUUUCAAGCUCCUUACUCAAGGUAGUCUUGGUCUGCUGGAGACUUUGUAGGAAUCCUCUUGAAUACUGGAUGCAGGUUGUCAUUGUUCAAAACAUUAAAUCAUGAAUCAGACUGAUUUAUCCUCAAAUGUACCGUUCUGAGUUCAAAAUAAUAAUUUGUAAGUCGCUCUGGAUAAGAGCGUCUACUUAAUGACGUAAAUGUACAUGUUGAAUGUCUAGAUCAAAGUAAUCUAUUCUUAAUCAGCUUACUAAAUCGAACACUUGUUGGAGAAAAAAAUAUCAUAAACACAACAGUGAAUAACUAAUAAAUGUACAGGAGUAAUCAUCCAAGGCUGCCAUCUUAUUUCUAAUAGUCACUUUUACUCUUAAGCUUACUCUUCAAGCAUGUAACAUUCUCAGGCUGCAGCUAUAUUCCAUUUUGAACUAGCCUCGGCCAAUUGGGUAUGAAUUUCCCCUCAAAACAUUCAUAAUUUUAGGCCAAAGUUCCAGCGGCUGAGAACAUUCUAGGACCUGUUUUUCUCCGUCUUUAUUUCCUGUGAAAUCCUACAAGAUUUCCUACAACCUAAUGUUAUAGUUUAAUAGCAGGAAUCUUCUGAAUCUUCGGACUCCCUAGUGAACAUUUAAAUCUUACCAACAAGCCAUAGAUUUAGGAGCAGUGUUUGAGGCUUAUUUUCAGGCCAAUUUAGUUAUCUCAGAUUGGUCUCUACAUAAAAGCUUCCCAGUGAAUUACGAUAGUAAUCUGACCGUGGUGAAAGUGAGCCAUUGAUUCAGUAAACAUAGGAUCUCUGUUACAUUGUGUCUAGGGGACAGUAGUGCUGUAGAGAGCUUCAACCCUAUUACCAGAUAGGGACUGGGCUGGGUUUUUACCGUGACCUCUAAGGUAUCUUUAGUGUUGUAUUCUUUAAUUCCCAUUCUGUGUAACUGGCUCGACAAAAGCACAUGCUUGCUAUGCUAUUGUAAUGUAGGGGAGAUGGUCAUGUUCAAAAUCCAGCUCCAUUUUGUACUCAGUGCUUGGCACGUAAUGCCGACGUGAGUGCCUGAGUAGUUGUGGUUAAUUACUCAUAAACCAUCAAUGUGUUGCUUAAUAGAGGAAAAGUGUGUGCUUCUGGUUGACGUGAAAUUGAGAUUACCACCGGCUGCGUCCAAAAUGACACUAUAUUCCCUUUAUAGUGCACUACUUUUGAUCCGCUUCCAUAGGGCUCUGGUCAAAGGUAGGGUUUCAUGUAGGGGAUCGUGUGCCAUUUGGGACGUAGCCACAGAGUUUUAAUCACGUUAGUGGUUAGGAUUGUUUAAUAUGAUGCCACCCUCUGGGUUCCAUGGUGAUCAAAGUGAGAGAGUUGGAUGUGUUGCCACUUUUGUUGAUGCCCGUGGACACAGAGAGAUCAAUCCAUCAUAAAAGGUGGUUUAUGAGGUAUGAUAUCAUAUGAUUAACUUUAUUUCGCCAAAACAUUGGCCUCCAAGAACAGAGGUACUCUGUCGAUAACUUUACAGACACUGCACUCUGGUGGCAAAUGGUAGACACAGAUCUGGGAUUGUAUGCAGAUUGACUUUUAUUGUAAUGAGUCUUGUCCUGGAGGCAGAACUGGGCGAUUUCCCCUAAGAUAGGCCAGCUGCAAAGUCAAAAUUGGCUAUAUUGUAAAUAUUCAUGAAAACAAAAAUGUGCUUUUUGGUCUUAAUUUAAGGUUAGGGUUAUGCAUUAGGGUUACCAGUGUGGUUAAGGUUAGGGUUAUGCAUUAGGGUUACCAGUGUGGUUAAGGUUAGGGUUAUGCAUUAGGGUUACCAGUGUGGUUAAGGUUAGGGUUAUGCAUUAGGGUUACCAGUGUGGUUAAGGUUUGGGUUAGGUUUAAAAUCAGAUUUUAUGACUUUGUGGCUCCAGUGACCACUCUGCAGAGCUGCCUCCAGAACAAGAAACGAAAAAUGGUAACCUGUAGAUUGGAUUCACAAAACGUCUCAGAGUAGGAGUGCUGAUCCCCUUGUCCAUUUAAUCACAUUCAUUAUGAUCUAAAAGUGGAAACUGAUUCUAGAUCAGCACUCCUACUCUAAGACAUUUUGUGAAUACAGGCCCUGAAUACAUUACUAAGUUACUUAGACAGUCAGAUAUGGUUUAUAAUCCGUGCCUUCACAAAUAUAAUAUAUUUGCAGAUGUUUGGAUGUACUUCCAUGAUGUCCUCCUGGUGAAGUAUUCCCAGCAGCUGAAUGGGGUCAACGUUGUCAGUGGACCUAUCUUUGACCAGCACUACGACGGACACUUUGAUGCUCCCACAGUUAGCACACAGUAAGUAGUCAUCAUCAUCCAUGAGUUUUGUUGUUGUUUUUUGUGGGCGGGGGGUUUUGAUUCUGUUGUUGUAUCUAUUACAUUUAUUUAUUUCAGAUAUACAUUUGACUCAUUUAGCAGGGGAUAGAACGCUAUAACACAAUAUUGACCAUAGCCUAUUCGCCUCUCUAAUUGUAUCUCUCUCUAUCCUGCAGACACGAGGCUCCCAUCCCCACUCACUUCUAUGUGAUCCUGACCAGCUGUGGGAACUCAUCCUUCUCCCCUACUGACUGCCAGGGUCGUCUGGAGACCACCUCCUUCAUCCUCCCCCAUAGACCUGACCACACUGAGACCUGCGCUGUGAGUCAUAUUGGCUGUCUGUCUCUGUCUAGCUGUGCUCCUAUUGUUUCCUAUAGGGUCACCUGGAAUCCUUUUGAGGAAAUCUAACAUGUGAACAGACCAAAGGAUGGCUGAGAUAAUCAGACCCGGGACAAAUAGAGGCUGUGUGUGUAACAGUGUUGCUUCCGUCCCUCUCCCCGUCCCAACCUGGGCUCGAACCAUGGACCCUCUGAACACAUUGACAAUUGCCUCCCAUGAAGCAUCGUUACCUAAUCAGAGGAAGGCCCUCAAAAUUGUCAAAGACUCCAGUCACCCUAGUCAUAGACUGUUCUCUCUGCUACCGCACGGCAAGCGGUACCGGAGUGCCAAGUCUAGGUCCAAAAGACUUCUCAACAGCUUCUACCCCCAAGCCAUAAGACUCCUGAACAGCUAAUCAUGGCUACCCGGACUAUUUGCACUGCCCCCCCACCCCAUCCUUUUUACGCUGCUGCUACUCUGUUAAGUAUUUAUUUAUGCAUAGUCACUUUAACUCUACCCACAUGUACAUAUUACCUCAACUAGCCGGUGCCCCCGCACAUUGACUAUGCAACGGUACCCCCCUGUAUAUAUAGCCUCCCUACUGUCACUUUAUUCUAUUGUAUAUAUAGCCUCCCUACUGUCACUUUAUUUUUUACUUCUGCUCUUUUUUUUUUUUUUUUUUUUUUCUCAACACUUUUUUGUUGUUGUUUUAUUCUUACUUUUUUGUUUAAAAUAAAUGCACUGUUGGUUAAGGGCUGUAAGUAAGCAUUUCACUGUAAUGUCUGCACCUGUUGUAUUCGGCGCAUGUGACCAAUAAAAUUUGAUUUGAUUUGACCUAUAGCGGCAAAAAAGCUGCGGUCCUUGCAGAGCAAGGGAAACGACUACUUCACGGUCUCCGAGUGAAUGACUCACCGAUUGAAAUGCUACUAGUGUGCACCGCUAACUAGCUAGCCAUUUCACAACGGUUACAAAUGUAAAAUACUUUUAAAUACUUGAGCAGCACUUGAUUUAGUUUACCCUGUACAAUGCAACCAAUGAUAUAGACCCAGAAGUGCCAAUUCCGAGCUUAAUCAAGCGCACCUCAAUUAUGUUAAGGUAUUUGAAAGUAUCUGACCUAGGUCUGGAGAUAAUGAGAGCCUCUCUAGUUUGGCUGUUUGUAAAGAUGCUUCUAAUCUAUGAAUAUUGUUACAGUGACUAAGCCCUCCUCUCCCUCCCUCUCCCUGUCUCCUCAGAAUGGCUCAGACUUCCAGUGGGUUCAGGAGUGGGCCCAGUUCCACGCUGCCCGGGUCCGAGACAUAGAGCUCCUGACUGGACUCAGCUUCUACCACGACAGGAUAUCAGUGGAGGAAACGCUACAGCUCAAGACAUUUUUACAGACUUUCUAA